UUGACGUGAGUUUAGGCGGGAACGCAAAAAUGUGGCGCCAUUUUGUAUUCUUCUUUGUUCUACUUUGUGUUUUUAAUCUGUGCGAGAUGAAGAAAAGGAAAAUGGACUAUCCGACAGACAAACAACUAACGUUGCAAAGGAAAGAGACUACGCCUGUGGAUUUUACGAGACUAUUGGUGAUGAGAGUGGUGUACGGCUUGGCCAAGGUCAUGGGUUUGCAAGAGCCGGUUGGAGAGUUUUUGAACGGCGCGCUGGUCCCACCUGGCGCUGAUGAUGAUGGUGACUUCGAUGAUGAUGACGAUGACAGCUUUUUCGACGACUACUAAAAUGAUGUAACGGAGUGUUCAUAUUAUUUUUGUACAUUUUUGAUAAGACCUUAUUGCAUUUAUUACGUGUUCUAAGCUAGGAAAUGAUACCAAAUGUUAUUGCAUUUAUUAUAACUUAUUUCAUAUUUUUAAUAGGAGCGGGCGUAUUUUUUGUAUCUCAUUCUCAAUCUCAACUCACAAUUUUUUUGGAAACUUAAUAAAUAUGUGAGUAGGUACCUACUAUUUUUUAAAGUUAAAUAAUUAAUGUUUAUAGUGUUGCAAAUUAUUUUUAAUGUAAUAUUUUUAUUUUCAUUAACAACAGCGUGUUUUCAAAAUUGUUGUUUCAUAUUUGAUGCUCAACCUCGAUUAAUUUAAUUAUUUUAUAAAUUAUUCAUUUGUUUAAGUUGUAUAACUAUAAAAGAUAAAUUUGAUAAAGUAGGUAUUUAAUUGAAUAACCAUGUACCUGGUAGAUUUAGUUAUUUAUUGUAUUUUUAGAAACACUUUUGUUGUAAAUAAAAAUGAU